AUGAAUCCGUCCUCAACGGCAAAGAAUGUUGAACAGGUUCUGGAGAAGUUGUUUUCGAUGCAAAUGCAUGAAAAUUUUGAAAGAUGUAGUCUAUUGGAAAAGAAGAAGCUUGACACUUGUAAUAAUACAACCGUGUCAAGCCUUUUCGUCUCAUCCAUUAAUGAGAGCAAGACGGCAACAAAGUCCGAAUUCGCUCGUCUUGCAAAUGCUAAAAGAUUAUCUGAUUCACUUUCCUUACAACUUCGAUGUGAAGAAGUCAGAUUAAAGGCAGAAAUCGAUUUUCUUAACAGAUGCUUGGAAGACCCUCUGACAGCCAAGAAUGAAUGUUCGGAUAUCAAUGAAGAUAUAGCCAGCCUAAUGGCUGAAUGCAAUCAAAUUAAGGGGAACUGUUUAAAUUUCGUAAAAGAUCUUGCAUGCAGUGAUCAUUUGAAAAGCAGUCGAUUAAGAUUCGAAAGGCGAAAAGCUCGACAGACAGCUUACCUUGACUGUCAGGAUCGGAAGAUUCAGGAAGCCCAACUAACUUGUUCGAAGUUGGAAAUCUUUAGGGACAUCAUGGCUUUGGAAGACAGUGCUCUUCUUGAGAUGGCUCAGUGUCUUGAUAAGAUCUAUACAGCUCUCAAAAAGUAUUUUCAAAUUUCAAUUGAGAUUAAAUCUCGAUUUCAAAAAUCCGAAAAUUCCCUCCAAAAUAAAGAUUUUUCAAACGUUAUCGACUCAGAACUAAGGGAACUUCUGAUCAGUGUCCUAUGUGAUUCAUCUGAUAUUUCUGGCAGUCCGGAAACCAUUUCGAAUGAGACCCUUUUGAAAAGUUUUGAAGAGAAGAUUGGAAUAUUGGAAUCUAAAAAUGCCGCCUCUCUUUCCACAAUGAAGGAAUUUAAACUCGUCGUACAAGAAAUAUCUCUUGUCCUCAAUAAGGCUCUGCAAUGGCUAGAGUGUUCAGACGACAGUGAGGCCCAACAACAGCAGCACGUGAACGCUUCAGAAUCUCCCUGUAUCUAUUGGAAUGCGCUGGGAUCUUUCUCUGGAGUCAUUCCACAUCGUCUUGUUAAACGUCUUCUUCAAGUGCGAAGGGAGCUCGACGAUGCGUCUGCGUCCCUUCGCAAACUUGAACUCACCUUUGAAUUAAAUUCCGAGGUUUUGUAA